AUGCGCCUUACUGCCCUCAUCACCACCAUUGCCCUCCUCCUCCCUGCCCUCGCGACCCCCACUCCUCAGCAUGACACCCCCGUGGCCCGCGGGUGGUUCGAAAACCAGCUCAACUCGGUCAAGGACUGUGCCAACAAAGAAUGGGACCUCGGCCGCCUCACUGAUUGCCGGCGCCGGUGCCAGUCUUUGGUGAACGCCAACCAGGAGGCACCCGGCCCCGCAGUGUUCGGUGGAACCUUCAAGAGAGCCAACGGUCAGGAAGUCCAGCAAGUUAACCACGUGUGCUCGCGGCUCAACGACAAGAUCAGGAUCGUCUCGGGGUGGAGUCACCAGUAG